UCUCUCUCUCUCCUUUCUUCUCUCUGUGUUUGUUUUUCUGUACAAACUACAAAGCGUCUCUCUCUCUCUCUCUUUCUCGUUUUAAUGGCGUGAGCGGGUACAGUAUCAAGCCGUAUACAUACGCUACAAUGAUCGUAUAAAUGGAAACGAAUCUCAUCUCCUUCUUCAUCUUUGCAUGCUUCACCAACUCCUCUGAAAUCCUCACACAAAAUGGGAUAAAAUGAGGUGAGAAUGGAAUUGAAAUUCCAUCAUCACCACCACUACCUCGUUUCGACGAUCGUCAUCGCCUCUAGUACCCAGAAGAACUGGUAAUAUCUCUCGGUUAUAUGGUUUUCAGUCAUUCUGAAUCGAUAACUCUGUGGGUUUUGGGCUUUUGAGAUUGGUUUCUGGAUUCUCAGUUUCUUAUUCCUCCCAAUCUGUCUAUGUUUUCUUUGUUCUGAAUCCUGAUAAGUCUGAGAUAAAAGAGUUAUAAUAGUAUCGAAAACAUGAAGGAAGACGAAGAGUUUGAAAUGUUGUUGUCGCAAGAGAUCCCUCAUGCAACAUCUCUCAAUCUUCUUUACUCCCAUCAUCAAAACAGUCAUCACGUACAUGUUCAUGGUGGCCAUGGUCACGGUUCUCUUCCUGCGCAGAGAAUUCAUGGAUUGUGUAGGGAUGACCUAUCGUGUAAUCGUAACUAUAUGUGUGUGCCCCCUCCUACUGGAAUCUCUCUGCAUUCUGAAGGCUCAUCGUCGGGCUCGCUCUCCGGUGGGCUCUCAUCCUCUGACGACGGAUCGCCGACUCCGCCUGAAACUAAAUCACAGGCGCCAUCUAGAGAUGCUUAUUACCCGAAUGGAUUGUGGUCGGAUUCGAAAUUGACUGGCUCUACUGCAGUGAGGAACUCCGGCGAUAGCUUCGUCGAUGAACUCGGUUUGACCGGAUAUCUACGGAGAAUGCAUAUAAAGUGUUCAGAGACGGAUUCAUCAACAGAAACGUUCAAGGUAGAGACCCCCAAUAGGCUUCAGUUUAAUGAACAUUCAUCCAUUAGGACUAUCCAUGGCCGUUUUGGAGAGAAUGGUUGCCAUGAAGAUUAUAGAAACGAUUUUUUUAAUCACGGAGGGCUUCAAUGCUCUUCUCGUGCAGGUCCCACUAGUUUCGACGAUGAGACGAGAUCUGCAUUGCUCAGAUUGCAGAGAAAUGGUAAAAUGGGUAAUUUAUCAGGGUCGAAUUCCUCUCCUGGUCUACGUGAGGAUCUGUUUCCUAGGCCUUUUCACUGUUCAGACCCAUUGGAUUAUCCGAGGCGGCAAAGGGAACAACAUGCCAGCAAUGAAACCUUAUGUAAUUUAUGGUUCCAAGCUGAUUCAGGUUUUGGUAUGAACUGUUACGAUAGAGGAGCACAGUUACUGAACGUAGCCCCUUCUGUGACUAAGGCUUUCUCUACUGAUUCUUUCCUCUCCUCACAAAGAAAUGGAAUGCAUUCUAGCAAAGACAGGGUUCUGUUGAAUUCACCAAGUCCUCCUCAGUUGACAGACCCAAAGCUCCCUUUAGAUGCAGAAGGCUUAAAUAGGUAUAGCCUCCCAAUGUUCAGUGAAACGACAGCAGCAUUCCCAAAAAGUUGGGUCACUCAAUAUCUUCCCUCAGUCAGAAGUAGUCCAAAUAUUGAAACUUUUAAUUGUGAAGAUAGCUUAAUCAUACCAGGAAAAGGGUUGAAUUAUGUGAUCAACAAGGGCACCGAUUGGUCACGGGGACACAAAAGUGUUUCCUGCAAUGAGAUUUGUACAGGACUGCCCCAAGAAAAGGGUUGCGGCUCAGAUAGUCAAUCCCAUUUUGAAGGGAGUUCUGCUUUCAAGUGCAAGAAUGGUCGUGAUCUAAGGAUUCAUUGUCCUUUUAUUCUGCCGCAAAAACUCAAUUCCUUGAUGGAAGUCCAAGGUUGUAUUUACUUCAUGGCAAAGGAUCAGCAUGGCUGUCGAUUCUUACAAAAGAAAUUUGAUGAGGGGACUGCUGAAGAUGUUGAAAUGGUAUUUAAUGAGAUUAUUGAGGAUGUUGUUGAACUUAUGAUGAACCCGUUUGGGAAUUACCUUAUGCAAAAGUUGUUGGAUGUGGGCACUGAAGAACAGAGAAUGCAAAUUCUGCUCAUGGUAACAGAAGAACCUGGCCAACUUGUCAAAAUCUCUUUAAAUACUCAUGGCACACGGGUGGUUCAGAAGUUGAUUGAGACUCUCAAAACGAAGCAGCAGAUUUCGAUGGUUAUUUCAGCCCUUGAACCUGGUUUCCUUGAUCUCAUCAAUGAUUUGAAUGGAAACCACGUGGUCCAGCGUUGUUUGCAAUGCCUUAGCAAUGAAGAUAAUAAGUUCAUUUUCAAAGCUGCUGCAAAAUAUUGUGUCGAUAUUGCUACCCAUCGGCAUGGGUGUUGCGUUUUGCAACGAUGCAUUGCUCAUUCAACGGGAGAACAUAGAGAAAAAUUGGUUGCAGAAAUUUGCACUAAUGGACUUCUUCUCGCUCAAGAUGCUUUUGGAAAUUAUGUUGUUCAAUUUGUCUUAGAGCUAAAGAUCUCAACUGCCACUGCCUACUUAAUUUCUCAAUUUGAAGGGAACUAUGUGCACCUCUCAACACAAAAGUUUAGCAGCAAUGUGGUUGAAAAAUGUCUUAAAGUUUUUGGAGAGGAGAACCGAUCAAGGAUCGUCCAUGAAUUUCUGUCUCAUUCUCACUUUGAACAGUUGUUGCAAGACCCUUUUGCAAAUUAUGUGAUUCAAUCUGCUCUUAGAGUUACCAAGGGUUCUCUCCAUGCUUCAUUGGUUGAAGCCAUCCAUUCCCAUGCAGCAAUUUUACGCACCAGCCCAUAUUGCAAGCGUAUUUUCUCACGUACACUUUUGAAGAAUUGAUGUAAAUUCUCCCCAUGGACUACAUGACUCAAGUUGCAUGGAUACGACUUCCAUGGUUUUUUGUAGAUUGUAAAAGAUAAGAAAUUUUGCUUCCAGUUCAUAAAUGUGGACAAGGGAAAUGUAUUAUUUUGUUGUCAUGCAAACUUUUUGAAUAUUAUCAUCUUCUAUCUAUGGAAUAGUUGUUGUAUGACAUUGUACAUUGUGUUGUCU